AUGAUUCACACCGAUCAUGAGUCCUUGAAACACUUGAAGGGCCAACACAAGCUAAACAAAAGGCAUGCGCGAUGGAUGGAAUUCAUAGAGAUGUUUCUAUACGUCAUUCGGUACAAGCAAGGUAAGGAGAAUGUAGUCAUCGAUGCACUUUCCCGCAGGUAUGCCUUACUCUCCACACUUGAUGCAAAAUUGCUUGGUUUUGAACACAUUAAAGAAUUAUAUGCUGAAGACCAUGAAUUUUGUGAGGAAUAUCGAGCUUGUGAGAAAAUCGCCUCUGGUAAGUUCUUUAACCUUAAUGGAUUCCUAUUUCAAGAAAAUAAGUUAUGCGUGCCUAAUUGUUCUAUGAGAGAGUUAUUAGUGCAGGAAUCACAUGGUGGGGGAUUAAUGGGACAUUUUGGAGUUGCAAAGACUUUAGCUAUUUUGCAGUAA